CUCCGCUGAUUAUAUGUAGGGAAAGGCUUGCCAUUUCUUGUGUCUAAGAACAAUCACGACCAACCACGUGGAACCCAUCGACUAACACGCUACCGAUACGCUGUGGGUAGCGGAUAGCGACACUCAGCGCUCGCGCUCGCGCUAGUCGAAUCGAAAACCGAAACUAUGGAGAUGGAGUAUAUUGUCCACCCAAGUGAUAUCCAGGAAUCCCCGGGCACCACGCAGAUCCAGACCCAGCCCAAGACACCGACCCUGUCCCUUGCCUCGUCAAACCCUAAAUCUGACUCUCAUCAGCCUACUAGCCCCGCUGCUGUAGCUACGAAGCCGCCGCGGAAGCGCCAACACUCCAGGGCUGAGGCCGCGUAUCCGCGAAAACGUGCGAUACAGGCAUGCCGGACAUGUCGCCUGCGUCGCACUAAAUGUGAUAAUUCGCGACCAGCAUGCGGAAAGUGCGCGGGCUUAGGGGUAGAAUGCAUCUAUCAGGAAAAUGAUCACUCCACGUUUGAUCCAGCCAGUUUGACCAUCCUUCAGCGGCUGGAUGACUUGGAAGAGCUUCUCCGGAAAAAUGUUACGACUGUUUCUCAAGACCAGAAUGAUAGCCUGACCUCCCCCUCCGUGUCCCUGUCCAUCCCCAAGACCCCUGCUCCUGCGUCACUAGAGAGGCCUGCGGAAUGGCGGCCAUCUUAUAUCAACAUAGAAACUGUUCUCACUUGGCCUGUCUUCGAUGACCAGAACUUCGAUGAGAGGCUGGAUUUGAGGUCUCUCCUCCGAUCAGACAAGAGCAAUGCCGCUUCACCGACUUUACCUAUUCCUGCAGAUUUCGGACUCUAUGCGGCUGGCCAGUUGCUACAACAAUUCUUGGAUAAUGUUCACAUUUUCAAUCCUAUUCUCGAGGAAGCUAAAGUGCGGGAGUAUAUGAGAGCAGCGAGCUUCAAUGGACUCGGAUGGGACGCACAGUCGUGCUUACUGCUUCUGAUCUACGCUCUUGGUUCCAUAGCAGACCCAUACGGGAAUUUACCCAAGAUCACGGCUUCAGGCUUUCGGCAGUCACCCGAGUUCCUUCAGGCGGAGUCCUUCUUCUUUGCAGCUCAGAACCGGAUGGGUAUGCUGCUAUGUGGUAGCGGCGUCAUAGAAGCACAAUGCUUUUUCCUUGCUGGCGUCUAUCUCAUGGCAACUUUACGACCAAUUGAGGCAUGGAAGAUGUUUGUUCAGGCCCUGGCGUGUUGUCAAGCUUUCUCUCCACACCUCUCCGUCCGGGACGCUCGAACUGAAGAAGAGUCCAGAAUGGAGCAAAGCAUUUACUGGACGUGCUUCAAGUCUGAAUUAGAGCUUCGAUUGGAGCUAAAUGUAUCUGAGAAGAGCGUGUGGGACUUGACAUAUCCCGCCCUCUUCCCGUCACCCCCGGAAGGACUAAAGUCUCAAGGCGAAGCGAUGUGGUUCUUCUAUUUGGCCGAGAUAGCCUUACGCCGCCUAGGUAAUCGCAUACUAAACUACAUCUACCGAUACGACUCCUCCGUCGACUCAGACUCCAACAUCGAAGACGCAAUCCUCGAUUUCGAAGGCCAAGCAGACGGCUGGAUCCAAUCCCUCCCUGCAGCCCUUUCUCUCGAAACCACCAACCCAGAGCACAAGCAAUACGCCGCCCUUCGCUUUAUCCUCCACGGCCAUCUCCUAGACUGCAACGAGAUGAUGUACUGGCACUUUGUUGUUGACGCUGUGCACGGCCGCGCUCGCGGUAGCUCCACCGAGGCUUUCGUGCGCAAGGGCCUGCAGGUGUGCGUACAGCGCGUCGAGAUCAACGAGGAUGGGUUCUACCACCGGCACCACGGGACGUGGCUUAUGUUACGGUCAUGCACGCGUAGUGCGCUUGUGCUUCUGGCGACGGCGAGAUGUGCGGACCUGGCACCGCUGAUGCCAGAGGGAUGGGAAAAGGCUGUGGCGAAGGUGAUGGCUAUGUUAGGGUUUUGGAAGGGGGAGUCGAGGGAUGUGAUGGAUCGAUUGCAGAUCUUGGAGACGCUGGCGGGGUUUGUGGCACCGGGAAUUUUGAAGAACCACGUAUAUAGCCCUGAGUGAUUGAGCGCC